CGCCUCUCCCGCGGCGGUGUGGGCCCCGGGCCGAGCCGUGCACAGCGGUUGCGAAAACCCGGAACGAAGGUGUUGUAGCCGCGCGGCGGACCGGCGCCGCCCCUCGCCGCACCUCCCGGGCAGCCUUCGGAGGCCUCGCUGGGCAUGCUCAGUCGGCAGGGCCGCUUCAGCUCUGGGAGUAGGAGGCUCGGGGCGCGCGGCUCGAGAGGCCCCCGCGGCGGGGGGCGAAGAUGGAGCCCUUCACCAAUGAUCGACUUCAGCUUCCAAGGAAUAUGAUUGAAAAUAGCAUGUUUGAAGAAGAACCAGAUGUGGUAGAUUUAGCCAAAGAACCUUGUUUACAUCCUCUGGAACCUGAUGAAGUUGAAUAUGAGCCCCGGGGUUCAAGGCUGCUGGUGCGAGGUCUUGGUGAGCAUGAGAUGGAUGAGGAUGAAGAGGAUUAUGAGUCAUCUGCAAAGCUGCUGGGCAUGUCCUUUAUGAACAGAAGCUCAGGACUUCGGAACAGUGCAACUGGCUACAGGCAGAGUCCAGAUGGGACUUGUUCAGUACCCUCUGCCAGGACCUUAAUUAUCUGUGUUUUUGUCAUUGUGGUUGCUGUCUCUAUAAUCAUGGUGAUUUAUCUACUGCCUAGAUGUACCUUUACCAAAGAAGGCUGCCACAAAACUAACCAGUCAGCAGGCCUAAUCCAGCCAAUUGCCACAAAUGGGAAAUUGUUUCCGUGGGCACAAAUUAGGCUUCCCACUGCCGUCAUUCCUCAGCGCUAUGAACUCAGCCUACAUCCAAACCUAACAUCAAUGACAUUCAGGGGCUCUGUGACAAUUUCACUUCAGGCUCUUCAAGCCACAUGGAAUAUCAUUCUCCAUAGCACAGGACAUAAUAUUUCAAGAGUGACAUUUAUGUCAGCAGUUUCAAGUCAAGAAAAACAAGUUGAAUUCCUGGAAUACCCAUAUCAUGAACAAAUCGCUAUUGUGGCCCCUGAACCCCUUCUAGCAGGGCACAAUUAUACCUUGAAGAUAGAGUAUUCAGCAAAUAUAUCUAACUCUUACUAUGGGUUUUAUGGCAUCACCUACACAGAUACAAAUAACGAGAAAAAGUACUUUGCAGCAACUCAGUUUGAACCUCUGGCAGCGAGAUCUGCUUUUCCUUGUUUUGAUGAACCAGCAUUUAAGGCCACUUUUAUCAUCAAGAUCACAAGGAACGAGCACCACACUGCGUUAUCAAAUAUGCCUAAGAAGUCAUCAGUCCCUGCAGAAGAAGGACUUAUCCAGGAUGAGUUUUCUGAAAGUGUGAAAAUGAGCACAUACCUGGUUGCUUUCAUUGUAGGGGAGAUGCAGAACCUGAGUCAGGAUGUAAAUGGAACCCUGGUUUCUAUAUAUGCUGUACCAGAAAAGAUUGCUCAAGUUCACCAUGCCUUGGACACAACUGUAAAGCUCCUUGAGUUUUACCAAAAUUAUUUUGAAAUUCAAUACCCACUUAAGAAAUUAGAUUUGGUGGCCAUUCCUGACUUUGAAGCAGGAGCAAUGGAAAAUUGGGGCCUGCUUACAUUCCGAGAAGAGACACUUCUGUAUGACAACACCACUUCUUCAGUAGCAGAUAGAAAACUGGUCACUAAAAUCAUUGCUCAUGAGCUGGCACAUCAGUGGUUUGGUAAUCUGGUUACAAUGCGGUGGUGGAAUGACCUAUGGCUAAAUGAAGGCUUUGCCACUUUCAUGGAGUACUUCUCUGUGGAAAAAAUAUUCAAAGAGCUCAAUAGUUAUGAAGACUUCUUAGAUGCUCGGUUUAAAACCAUGAGGAAAGAUUCCUUGAAUUCAUCUCAUCCAAUAUCAUCAUCUGUUCAGUCUUCAGAACAAAUAGAAGAGAUGUUUGAUUCUCUCUCUUAUUUUAAGGGAGCUUCUCUCUUGUUGAUGCUGAAAACUUACCUUAGUGAAGAUGUGUUUCAGCAUGCUAUCAUUCUUUACCUGCACAAUCACAGCUAUGCAUCCAUUCAAAGCGAUGAUCUCUGGGACAGCUUUAAUGAGGUCACAAACAAAACACUAGAUGUAAAGAAAAUGAUGAAAACUUGGACCCUACAGAAAGGAUUCCCAUUAGUGACCGUCCAGAGGAAGGGUACUGAGCUGCUUCUGAAACAAGAAAGAUUUUUUCUAAGCAAGCAACCAGAAAUUCAGGCUUCCGAUGAAAGCCACCUUUGGCAUAUUCCAAUAUCCUAUGUCACUGAUGGAAGAAACUAUUCAGAAUAUCGAUCAGUCUCACUACUGGACAAGAAAUCAGAUAUCAUCAGUCUCCCAGAACCAGUGCAGUGGGUCAAAGUCAAUACAAACAUGACUGGCUAUUAUAUUGUUCACUAUGCUGAUGACGACUGGACAGCUCUAAUCAAUCAGUUAAAAAGAAAUCCAUAUGUUUUAAGUGACAAAGACCGAGCCAACCUCAUCAAUAACAUCUUUGAACUUGCAGGCCUUGGCAAAGUGUCUCUUAGGAUGGCAUUUAAUUUGAUUGACUAUCUUAAAAAUGAGACCCAUACUGCACCUAUUGCUGAAGCCCUGUACCAGACAGGCCUCAUCUAUAACCUCCUGGAAAAACUGGGACACAUGGACCUGGCCUCAAGAUUGGUGACCAGAGUAUAUAAAUUGCUCCAGAACCAAAUCCAGCAGCAGACUUGGACUGACGAGGGCAUGCCAUCCAUGCGAGAGCUUCGGUCAGCCUUACUGGAAUUUGCCUGUGCCCACAGCCUAGAGAACUGUACCUCUAUGGCUACAAAGCUGUUUGAUAAUUGGAUGGCAUCCAAUGGAACUCAGAGCCUGCCUACUGAUGUCAUGACCACUGUGUUCAAAGUUGGAGCAAGAACUGAGAAAGGCUGGUUGUUCCUGUUAAGAAUGUAUUCCUCCAUGGGCUCUGAAGCAGAAAAGAACAAAAUACUUGAAGCCCUUGCCAGCUCAGAGGAUGUACGGAAACUUCACUGGUUAAUGGAAAGUAGCCUUGAUGGUGAUAUCAUCCGAACACAGAAGCUGUCACUUAUCAUUAGAACAGUGGGCAGACACUUUCCUGGACACUUGCUGGCAUGGGAUUUUGUUAAAGAAAACUGGAGUAAGCUUGUACAUAAGUUCCAUCUGGGCUCCUAUACCAUGCAAAGUAUCGUUGCUGGAUCUACUCACUUGUUUUCAACAAAGACACAUUUGUCUGAGGUCCAGGCCUUCUUUGAAAAUCAGUCAGAGGCAACCUUGCAGCUUCGGUGUGUCCAGGAGGCUUUGGAAGUUAUUCAGCUGAAUAUCCAGUGGAUGGCGAGGAACCUGAAAGCGCUGACGUGGUGGCUCUAGUACUCACAGCUGACCUUCUGGUGCCCACAGCUCUGCUGCUUUUGCAAAGGUUGAGGUGAAGGCAGGCCUGCUGCAGAGUUGUUUGCACUGUUAGGAGUUCUAGUUAGCUCAGGGCCCAACUGUAUUUUUUAUGUCUUUUCUGAAAAAUCUUUAGGCAGCAAAUAGUUAUUUAUUACAAAAUUAUAUUCACCUGUAUGCCAACCAUAUACAAAAACAGUAAUUUUUAUUUGACAUACACAUGGAGAAAAAAGUCAGAUUUGAAAUUCUGCUGUAUUUCUUAGUGUCCAGAGUGUUACUGGCAUAGUGCAACCAAGGAAGGUCUGCUGAAGGAACAGCUGUAGUUGUAGGUUGCUGAUUGGUCAGCAGUUUGUUGCUUCUUGCUGAUAGACACACCUGGAAUGUGGGCGUUAGCCUGGAAGAGUGCAGUGACAAAAGCAUUGAAGAUGCAGCUAUAGACAAGUGACCUCAGCUGGGGUGUCUACCCUGACUAGGGUCCUGAAGUCCUAGUUAUGUCUAUAGAAUAAUAGUUCCUACAGAAAAUUCUAUAGAAUUUUUCAUGUUUCUCUUAAGUUGAACAGCUGAAAAAACAGACUCAAAUUUUCAGUUUUCCAAAUAUCUAACACUUUUUGCUUCAUCUUUAUGGCACUAUGUAGGUUCUGAACUGAGUUAAUCUUAAUUAUUUUAUUCAGGAAUGCCAGUAUCCCCCAAUGGUGUAUACCUGGUUAGACUUCUUGCUGGGGAGGCUAUUCAUAAGCUGUGGCAAGCUUUCUGUUAAGCACUGAUGUUUUUGUCAUUACUUUCUCACCAAGAAUGUAAUUUGUUUAAGUUGCCUUUUGAACCUAACAAAUCAUACCCUUUUCUCUGUGAAUCAUACCAUGUGUGGGUUUUUACUUUAUGUUAAAGAGUGUAUUAGAAGCAUUUCUUAAAUAGUGUCCUCAAGAAAUUAAAGCUUUUUAUUUUGAAGUUCACCAUAGUACCUUAAAGGGACAAUGAGAAUGUGGAACAGGAAUAAGUUGAAAAUAUGGUGGGCUCUGGCUUCUUUUUUCACUGUUAAAAACAGUGCUUUUGUUUAGUUGAAAAAAUUAUAGGCUUUUUUCUUUUAUCAUGGGCAAACUAUGUUAAACAAGGUAGCCAAGGAUCAAGCAAAGGAAAAGUGAGGGAGGGUGACUAGAAAGGGAUGCAGGUGUCUCCACUCCUUCUGAAGGAGAAAUACUGUACUUGAAUUUUUUGAGCUAUGCAGACUUAUGCCUAGAUUGCUGUGUUUCUUUGAUUCUUAGGAGAAAAGUUUUCUUCUUAGUAACUCAUGAGAAUUUGUUUGAAAACAGUGUCCAUGUACAUAAAAGGGAAUUACUCAUUUAUGAACACUGAAAACACUCCACAGGGUCAGACCACAGAAAGGCCACUUUUUUUAUUCAGCUGUUGUAAAGUUAGAAUAUGUGGAGUUGUAUACAAAAUUAUAGUUUAUUUUAUGAGAAUAUUUUUAUAUAACAAAACUUUAAUGGCUGACAAGCUGAAAAAUAGCCUGCUUUAAUCCUAGUGUUUGAUCCCAGUUUUGUCUUUUAUAAACAUUUUUGUGUUUUUGAGUAGAGAAUGUUAUUCCUGAGAAUCACAGAAUCAUCUUGAUAUCUUAGUAAAAUAUGUAAUUAUAGAUCUUUAUUUCCCCGUGCUUUUGGUAAAUGAGUGAUAGUUCAGUUGAUACUGAAGGUUAGUGGGGUUUUGUAUUUUUAGAGUGAAGGAAAAAUACUCUUGUAGGUUUUGGUUGCUCCUUUUUGUUUUUUAACCAUGUUGUAUUACUAAAUUCUACUUUGAUACAGAGUUUAACUUUUGCUACUUUUCAAGAUCAGUUCAAUCUUGAGAUUUACUUGCCCAUGUUGGCAUUGAUCCUAAAGACUUUGCAACUCUUCGUAUGGCAAAUCUUGUGUUAAAUAACACUUUUUUUCCAUGGAUGAUUGUGAAUGUGUGUGGUGUGUGCCGUUGUAAAUAAAGCCUGAGGAAGGUGUGGGCCUAAAAAGAAGGAACUCUUGAUCCAAUGGUAAAACAAGCUUUUCAUUCCCAGGAUACUUACCUAUAACAUUCACCUCAGUGGUUUUUAAUUUUGGUAGGCUUCCUGUUAAUUCCCCCACAGAAUUCUAUAAGUUUUCAUGUUUUGGUAACCUUUUUAUGUGCAACUUCUUAUAGCUAACUCAAAGUCAGGUCUGUAAGGCUGAGAAGUGGCUUUUAUAGUCUGAUAAAUGUACUGGUAGCAUUCAGAUUUUUCUCCUCUGAAGUAUAGUCCUGCACUCUGUACUUUUAAGAAGGAAGAUUGAAGCACAAGGUCAGCUUGUGGUUUGGGUGUAAGCACACCAAGACCUUACAUCACUGGGUAGCAGCUGAAUGAGCAUUCUGCUCACUACAGAGAAAGGGUAUAUUGAAUGUAAUUUGAAAGCCACAUCUUGAUUAUUAGGAAAGAUAGAAUUGGAAAUCUCGGUUUGUGGAAAAAAAUUGAUUUGGAGAUCUGAAAGUUUAUUAAAGUUAGGAAUUGGAGGAGACAAGUUUGCUCUACUAGUAUGAGUUUAGCUAUAAUAAAGUAGUGGCAAUUCCCUCCCCACCCACAUGCUUGUGCCUUCUUCUGUCUCCUUUUAUUUGUUUUUUUAAAAUGAAAUUGUAUUUGUCAUUACUUCAGUGUUUACAGACUUUCUCGCUAUCACAGGUUCUUCUUAGCUGAUUUCCUUUGCCAUUAGAACAAAAGCUGCCAGUAGAGUCCUGGGUAUAAAAAGCCAGCUGCAUCAGGUUUACUGGGUACCAAACAGUCCUUUCUGAUUAUUGGGGAGCAAGAAAUUAAAAUGAGGUCUCAUGUCAUUGAAUGAUUGAUAGCCUGUUGUUGAAUUGAAUUUUAAAGAUGCUUACCUAAUCUAAAGCACCUGGAAUGAUAAUCUUCAGCCAGACUGCUGAGCGCUUGCUUCUCUAAGACCAUGUGUUCUGUGGGUUCCAGAGAUGGCACAGUGCGUCUCAGGUGCACUGUUGCAGAGGACUGCAGUCCUGGGGCAGAGUUUACAUAGGAAUGGCUUGGUUUACAUAGGCCUCUAAGAAUUGGGAUCAUGGGUUUAAUGUAUAUAUUCUCACCUUUGCCUUACUUUUCUGUAUACAAAAUUAAUUCUCUUUUUUUGGAAAUGUUCUGUCUCCUUAUAUUUGUAUUUCUUGAAACUCAGGUGUAUGUUUUUGCUGGGUUUUGUGUUCUUUGAUUUUGCUCUUAAAUUUCUGAAAUAUCAAAGAAGUACCAAAAAAAAGUGGAGGUCCCAAAGUAUGACAAAUCUACUCUUUUUCCCCAUCCCUUAUUGCCUGAGUAGGCAAUAGAUAGAAUAAGUGAUUGACUUUUAGAGGGUUUGUAGGCACUUUUGAAGGGCUGAUACAUAAUUUUGAACCAUACACAUCUAUUUUAUAUAUUUUUAUAUUUUAAGUUUUGUCUUGGUGAAGAGUGUUCAUCUUUCAUUUUCCCAUGUUGCCUGCUAUAGGAAAGAGUUACAGAGUAAUUUGGUUUUAAUUUUUGAAAGGAGUAGGUUUCAAGAGGGGAGCAAGGUAGCUUCUUUUAAAAGUGUGUGGAAAUAGUUUUGCUGCUAUUUUGGACUUUCUUAUUGCUACCCUCAUUACAUUCUUCUUGUGGAUAUGUACAUAAACCAUGCAAGGCCACACAGAUGUGUUGGCAAUAGUAGAAUGAUAGUAGUGCUUACUAUUUUGUUCCAGUCUUAGGAACUUAGAUUGUCUCUCAGCCUUUCAAGCUUUUUAUAAAUGCAGUGUUACUUUUUAUGUUUCACUUAGACUGGUUUGUUUUCAUAGACACUUAAUUACCGUGUGAUUGAGUAUGGCAGAUUCUACCUUUUUUCUUGUUGCCUCCUAAGGCAAGAGCUAACUGUUUUGUUUGGGAGAGUGUACAAGAGAGUAGAGUAGUGCUUCCUAUUGCUUUUUGUUACUAAUUCAUUUGGCCUUAUGCCCUUUAAAUGCAUGUGAAAAUACCUGAUGAAACAUGGAAGACUAGAUGUGAAGAACCACCACUUCUCAUCUUUUCCUGCCUGUUGAAUAAAAGCUGUUAAUAUGUUAAUAGAGUGGGAGUGGAGUGUGGGAGACACAGGGAAGUGUAUGCAAUGUCUGGAUAUAUGUUUAUUUCUUACUGCUACCUUGUAUUAAUUCACUGGGUGCUCAGAGUGGAAGGUACCCAGUGUACUGCGGAGUUCAGAUGUAUAACAGUGUCCUCUUUCCCUUUCCAAUAUUGCCUGGGUGCAAUACUUUUUAAAGUAGUUUCAGUUAAUUGAAAUAGCUGGGUUUGGAGUUAGGGUGGUCAUGGUUUGCUUGGUUGGUUUUUGCUAGGCAGGAAAAGUAGUUUGGGAGCAAGAGUAUAUACUUUUUAAGUGUAUGAACAUGUUGUUGCUGCAUUUUUACUUCCUUUGUUUCCCUGUCCUUUCCAUGAAUUUAUGAGGAAAGCUGGGAUCUCUGAGAAGCUUCUUCCUUCUCUUAACAUUGGCUAUGUAGAGUGUUUAGUAGCACAGACCAUGCUUAGGGGCUGCUCUGGGUUGGGGGGUGCCAUAUGGUUUCAUUGUGUUUUGCUUCUUGGUCACUGCAUUUGGGGGGUGGGGGGUACCUGUCCUGAACUUGGACUUGUAGGUUUCUGAUGAACCGUGGAACUCUGAAUUUAGUGUCCUCCCAUAGGCAGGUUUUUCUCUUCAGUUUUUUCUGUUAGCUUUAGUGGGGACUUAAGGGCAGGAGAUAUACUCUUUACAAAUAUAAAUAUGUAUAUAUAUAUAUAUUUUCAUUUGGUACUGAAUCCCUUACAUGGGUGUCUAAUGAGUACCUAAUGAGACGUGGAGGUCCGGAUGUAUGAAAACGUCCUCUUUUCCCUUUUCCUCAUUGCCUCUGUGGGCAAUAGUUAUAGAGUAGCAUAGAUUUUCUAAUUCUGUUCCCCCAGAGGAACUUUAUAUAUAUGUGUGUGUUUGUGUAUGUAUAUACUUUAAAAUGUAAAUAUGAAUUUUUUAAUCUUUUUGUUGUUGUUACUUCUUUUGUACCUAAAUCUGUUUAUGGACACUUAGGUACAUAAGGAAUAUUGAGGUUCAUUCUAUGAAAAAUGUCCCCUUCCCCUUCCCUCAUUGCCUGUCUGGGCAAUGGCUUGUAGAAUAGUUGUGUAGCUUUGGCAUAGAGUAUGGAGUAAAAGAUUUCUGGGUUUUUACUUUUUGAAAUGUCUUUAAAAGAUUGCCAGUUAUUUCAGUUUUUCACUCCCAAUCUGCUUUGAUGUUGUCUAAAGAAGCAAGAGUCUGUACCCAGAAAUGUGGGAAUGUCUGUCCUUUACUCUAUCACCGUGCCAUACUGUAGUGUGUCAGUACUGUUAGGCUUGGCUUCUUGUUUUGUCUGUUUGUUUGUUGCUUAUAACAUGCUUGUUAGAAAAUGAUUGUAAAUGCCUUGUGGUGUUAAGUUCAUUUUGAACCUGGUCCUUGGUGUGACUAUUUUUUAAUAUGUACUUAAUGAACACUGAGAUUGAUUCUAUGAAAACUCUCCCCAAUCCCUAUCCCUCAUUGCCUGGUAGGCAGUGGUAGACUAGAUGUUUUACUUACUUAUCUUUUGUUUGUUGGGGGGGGGGGCGUGUUCUGGAUGUGUAUAUAUACAUAUAUACAUAUUUUUUAAGUAUAUAAAUAGUUGGUACUUUCUAUAUGUUAUUUCACAUAGCACCAGUUGUUUGCUGGGAUUUGUAGAUAUAUAAUGAAACAUUGAGGUCCAGACGUAUGAUAACUCUAUCCUGCUCCCUUUUCCUUGUUGCCUACAAAGGCAAUACUUUUAUAACCUGUUUGGUUUUUUUUUUUUGGGGGGGGGAAUUACUUAGGUGGGUAGUGGUUGGGGAAAGGGAUGAGUGCAUGAUUUUAAAAUAUAUUUUUUCAUGGUACUGAUUAGGCCCAUAGUCCUUUGCAUGGAUAAAUGGGCACCUAGUGAAAAUUAAGGGUCAGUGUAAGACAUAUCUCCCAUUCUCCCCCUCCCCUAUGCCUGUAUUGGCAAUAGUUAGUAGAGCACUUGUGUGUUAUUUACUUAAUUGUUUUGGAUUUAUAUUUUUGAUAGUAGAUUUCUUAAUAUAAAGUUUUCAUUUCUUUAUUUCAUUUUGUAUUCUGUCCUUUGCCUAACUGUAAAGGACAUAAUGAAAAUUAGUUUCAUAAUAUGACAGGGCACAUCUUUUCAUACAUAGUUCCUUACUUAGCAGUAGGUAGUACAGUUGUUUUCUGUUUAUUUCUGGUUAUUCUCUGGAUAUAUCUUUUAAGAUGCAAAUAUAUGCAUGCAUAUUUAAUUUUCUCUCUUUCCCUUGUCGUUUCCCUUUAAUACUUUUUCCCUUGAAGGUUUCUACAUGCACCUAGGAAAAAACAAAGGUUCCUUACAUCUUAGGUAUCUGAUUGGAAUUGUAGCCCUAUGAUUCCAUGUCUGAUAGUGGCAGUGGGCAUGCAGCAGAUAAGAUGGCAGAAGACACUCAGAUACGGCUGUAUUGUGGAAACUAACUAGAGCCAGCAUUUCCAGUAUUUAUUUAAACUGAGAUUGUGAAAGGUGAGCUUUGGUUUUGUAAAACCAAAAAACAGAAAAACAGAGGGAAGUGCUGAGUAAAGUUGUAUUUUGAUGGAGGUGUGCUAUUGAAGCUUAUGACCAGGAUCAGUGUUUCCUACAACUGACUUGAAGAGCCCUUAGGAGUAAUCUGACUGUGAGGCCUGGAGUUCAGAGUUCUCUUCAGAGUUCUGUUGAAUCUUCUCGAGUACCCAGGAGAAGUCAUUGUGAUUCUUAGAAUGGAUCAUCUGAAUGAUCGCUGCUCCUCUGGUGACUGACAGACAACAUGGUCCCAAAAGAAUUUCAGGGGCAAGCCUUUCUAUCUUAGAAUAUCUGCAUGUGGCAGGGCACACUGGCCCUUUCUUACCCAGAACUCUUCGGUGUGGCUGCAUCUCUCUCCCCAGUUCUCUCUUAACUGAACCAUUCCUGUUCUGUUUUGCCUUUGCCUCCAGUGCCUUCAUUGUUGUUAGAUGCUAUCUUAAGUUGCACUCACAAAUUUAAGCUAAUGCUGCUUUCUCAUUAGCUUUGUGACUCUGUGCAUUUCAUGUACCCGAGCCUCUGUGUUGGUCUCAGAAUUCUUAUAUUUCACAUUGUCUCUUUAUCCACCACAUGGUAAAUGUUACAACUACACAUUUGUCUACAUUAGAGAAAAUGCAUGUGAAAACUUCCUGUCCUUCCAGCAUCUUAGCUUGUUUUCACAUUUUUACUGGUACUCCAUGAGGAAGAUUUCCCAUAUCCAUUUAAGAAAGACUGAGUGAUAGAUAGGACUCCUAGAAAUUCUCAAAGACAUUAUUUACCAUAUCAAACUCUCAGGAAUGUGUUGGAAAAUUAGCCUAGUAACAUUGCUGUUACUUAUACCUGCUGCUGUAGGAAAAAGUUUAUUCAUGACACAUUUACCUUUGAUCAUAAAUAAAAGAGAAAGGGCCACCUUUUUGGAGUUAGUCAUGGUAGUCAUUAGUGAUAUUUUUGAACCGUUUUUAAUUUGAAAUACUUCAAAGGAAGUAAAGGUCAUGGCUUAGCUCAAAAAAAAAGAAAUGCUCCAGAAGUUGGGCUGUAUAAAUCAUCAGUACAAUAAUAUCCUUUGUGUGUGUGUGUGUGUGUGUGUGUGUGUGUGUGUGUGUGUGUAUGAAAUGAGAAUUGCCACAUAAUUGGAGCAUUUGCAUUCAUCAGCCAAUCACUCUGAGUCAAACUGUAGUCGGCUGUCUUGAUUAAAGCCAAGUGUUCCUUGUGGUUGGGAGGAAGAGUCUCUUUCUUGCAAAUACUUUGGAAAGUGAUUACUUGGAAAUUUACAAAGGUAUUACUUUUUUUUUUUUUUAAUUUAAACAGCGUAGAAACCUUCAGUUUAUUCAGUCUGAGUUUGCGGGUAGAAUUCUAAAUCUGUAUUCUAAUCUGUCUUUUGUGGAAAAUUUUGAAGAUAGUAUGUUUAAUAUUGUAUAUGCAAAUUGUGUUGUUUUACUUGUAAAGGGAAAAUGCUUAUUUUUCUUUGUACUUGUUUUGCAUAUGACCAGCACUGAUUGAACAGCAUGUUUAACUGCAAACACUGUUGCUUUCUUUGUAAAAUGAAAAUAAAAGUAUUUAAAUACAA